AUGAAUCUAAAACUGGACAAGGAAAUCUCAAGAAGAGUGAACCAGACGUCCGAUAAUUCAUCUUUCUUACAAUUAACGCACAGAAAAUGGGUAGAUAAUUUGAGAUUAGCUGCAUUGAAUAGUAAUUUGAUACAAUUUAAUCUGUUAAAUCAAGAAUAUGAAAAGUGGUGUAUUAAAUAUGAUACAGACCAGUGGGAAAUCGAGUUACACGACUUAGAUUUUAGUGCAAAUUCAAGUAAUCAGUCAGUUGGAACUUUGAGUGGUGCAAUGAGAAACGUAAGAGGUGGCUAUAAAGGAAACUUCUUCGAUCCAAACUAUCAAAGAAAUAGACAAAAUAACCAACAUAUGUCAAAUAAUCAAAACUAUUUUGCUAAUUCAAAUUUCAAUAACCAACAUCGUAACAUGAAUAAUCACCCUUACCAUAAUUAUCACGGAGAAAGAGGAAAUUACGCAGGAGGAAGAGGAAAUCACUUUAAUAACUUCAACGGAAACGGAAGCGGUAGAGGAGGUUUCAUGAACCAAAACGGAAACUUUGCAAACCAGGGUGGAAGUUUUUCAAAUCAAAAUAAUGAGAGACCUGUGAUAGGUUAUGGGAGCUUCAAUAAAAACAUGGCAGUACGGAGCAAUAGUCAAAACAAACCGAGUGGUCCACCUGCAGCAUCAGGAUCAAAGUAA